AUGGCUAUCUCAACUGAUCGAAAUCGCAAAAAGGAGCGCCCUACUUGCUGCUACUGUGGAAUUAAGGGACACAUAGCAGACAAAUGUUACAAGAAGCAUGGAUAUCCUCCAGGUUACAAACCAAGAAACUCAAACCCCAUUACUACUGCACCAGAUACCUCAAAAACCAACAAAGUUGCCAAUACCAAUUCAACUGCUGCCAAUCAUUCUCCUGAUUUUUUCUCAAGCCUAAACUCAGAACAAUACAGUCAAUUGAUGACUCUACUCAACAACCAUCUCCAAGCAGCCACUACAGCACCUAUCACUCUGACAACUACCAUAACUCACACUCCAGGAUCUUUCCCGACCAAUGAUGAUUGGCAAUGCUAGUUGCCAAAAUGGACGGUAUGUUCUCAAUAAAGAGGCUAAUACCAACUGUGUUGCUGCUGGAGUUAAAAUCAAUGCCAUUUCAGUUGAUACAUGGCAUCAACAUUUAGGUCACUUAUCACCUAAAUGUCUCUCUUAUUUGUCUUCAACCUUAUGUUUGUCUAAUCAUUCCAUACAUCAUUCAUCAUGUCAUGUAUGCCCAUUAGUCUAACAAAAAAGGUUAUCAUUUCAUUCAAAUAAUAAUGUUGCUUCUUCUCCAUUUGAUCUUGUCCAUGCUGAUAUAUGGGGACCUUUUAAAAUACCUUCUUAUGGUGGCUACAAAUAUUUCUUGAUAUUAGUUGAUGAUUGCUCACGCUUCACAUGGGUAUAUAUGCUAAGGCAAAAGUCUGAUGUUCUUCA